AUGUUCUGCCAAAGCUCUGUUCACGGCGCCAAUACUCUAUCAAGGCUGUACAAUAGAGAUGCACUGAGAUCUAUACAAGGUUCUACCUACGUGUGUCCAUUCACUACGGGCAGCUCGCUGGGACCUAACAGCUAUAUUGUGAAGCGCAAGGUUCUUAGCCAUACCUUCCAAGCCAUGAACGAAUACAGCCUCCAUCCCCGCGCUGCAGGCAGCGGUACUAGGGGUGGUCUCGACAACAGUGAUAUUAUCGCCAUCGUCGGAAUCUUUGCGUCUGUUAUCACGACAAUUUUCGGUGUGUGGCUUGUAGAUAAACUUCGAAAAGGAUUCAGCAGACCGGGAGCUAUAUAUCAUGAACGACCAGCUGAAGACCUCGAAGCAAAUGCCGAAACGAGCACAUACUUGGGCUGCAGGCAAAACAAAAUACUGGGGGAAGGGGGUUGGGGGGGGGGGGGAGUCGGAGGUCGGGGGCCGGGGGUCAGGAUUAAUCGCGAGCGUGUUAUAUCGAUAGUUGAGCCGAAAGUCGCUUUUCGCUUGGUAGGUGGAGAGGGACUUAGCUACCAAGGAAAGUAA